CUAACAGCACUGAUAAACGUAUGCCUAACGGAGUCUUAAAUGAAGACCAAACUGCAUUUUUUUGGCCAAUUGAAUGGCUGUGGAAUCUGACUUUGUGGGUAUAGAAGUAUAAACCCAAAGUCACAUGUUGAGUGACGAAGAGCAUCAACCUACAUCACAACUUCCUUGUUAUUGUCGAAACGCCCAGCUAGUGGAAUUCAGGAAUGCAUCUCUACAGACUUGUGAUUUACACCAAGGGGAGAAGGCAGGGCCGCCUUCUAGCCUGAAGCUCUCCUCCUUCUUCCCCUCCUGUCUUUCACUCUCUCCUUCCCUCCUUCCCACUCUAAGCCAUGAUGCUGUGUUGGGGCAGUACUGUGGAGGGCCAGCUGGGUAUCGGCGGAGCGGGGGACCCAGUGUACGAACCCCGAAGCUGCCAGGCGUUCAAUGGGCGUGGCCUGAAGGAGGUGGCGUGCGGCUGGCGCCAUUCGCUAUUCCUGUUGCGUGAUGGGAGAGUGUACACGUGCGGCUCCAACCGCUGUGGGCAGCUGGGCCACGACAAGCCGGGGGACUCGCCAGAACUGGUGGUGGCCCUGGACACCCAGAAGAUAGGGGUGGUAUCGUGCGGCCAGGCCCACUCCAUGGCGCUGAAUGAGCAGGGUCAGGUGUUUGCCUGGGGGGCCGGUGGAGGGGGUCAGCUGGGACUGGGGACCGCUGAGGAGACCGUCCCAAUCCCCAGGCUGAUCAAGAAGCUGUGCGAGCAUCGCAUCUCUCAAAUAAUGUGUGGCAACAAGCACUGCAUCGCACUCUCUAAAGACGGUCAGCUGUUCACGUGGGGCCAGAACUUGAGCGGUCAGCUGGGUUUGGGGAAGGGAGAGCCCAGCACCUUGUCUCCCCAGCCCCUCAAGUCUCUGUCAGGGAUCCCCCUGGCUCAGAUCACCGCUGGGGGAGACCACAGCUUCGCCCUGUCCCUCUCUGGAGCCGUGUUCGGCUGGGGCAAGAACAGCGCCGGACAGCUGGGGUUAAAUGACAAACAGGACCGGUCUGUCCCUUGCCACAUCAAGUUCCUCAGAUCCCAAAAAGUGGUUUAUAUCAGCUGUGGAGACGAGCAUACAGCUGCCCUCACCAAGGAUGGGGGUUUGUUUACGUUUGGGGACGGCUCUCGUGGUCAACUGGGUCAUGACUCCACCAACAACGAGCCUCUACCCAGACAGGUGCAGGAGCUGAUGGGCAGCGAGGUUUCCCAGAUUGCCUGUGGCAGACACCACACCCUGGCGUUUGUGCCUUCCUCCGGUCUGGUGUAUGCUUUCGGGUGUAACACCAAUGGUCAGCUGGGCACCGGGACACGAGGUGACAUCAAAAGCCCACUUCCUGUCAAAAGCAGCCUCACAGGAAGGCUCACAGGAAGUCCUCGUCAUAUGUCAGGGCCUGAUCAUUAUGCCAUUACAAAAAUCAACUGUGGAGGGGACCAUAACUUCCUAUUGUACUCAGAUGAAAAGAGUUCCACCCCUCCUGAAGACUUCCGCGUCACUAACAUCAGUAGAAGCAUCUCUUUGAUUAAUGAUGCCAGUUUGAAUACGUGGAGGAUGAAACUCCUAGACAACACAGAUUCCACUAUCACCAAUGACGUCAUUCUCCUGCUGUCUUCAACCGCCUGUUGGAACGCCAGCUUCCUGGAUGAGAGUGAUGACAGCCAUUUUAAGACCAACCCUAAAGUCCCUGGCAUCGAUCUCAACUCAGUCCGCCUGCUGUUUGAGACACUCAGUAAACCGCCCUUCGCCAGACUAUUGGAGCAGGCCACUAAGAGUUUUGAGAGCCUGCUGAUCCCCCAGCUGCCCUGCUCUCCCCCUGACGUUGAGGCCAUGAGGAUCUACCUGAUCCUGUCGGAGUGUCCCGCCCUGCACGACUCCAAGAACUACAUCACCCUCACCAUCCCCCUAGCCAUGGCCAUACUCCGCCUGGAUGCCAACCCCAGCAAAGUGCUUGAUAACUGGUGGUGCCUGGUGGAUGGCGGUGUGUUCUCCAGGCUGGUGGACAUGUAUAAGAGCAUCGUGGUGUUCUUGUUAACUGGAGGAAAGGCCCUGCUCGUCCCUGUCUUCCUAGAAAACUACACCAGUGCCACGCUAAAGCUUCUAGAGAAACUUCAUAAGGUUAACCUGAAGGCCGGGCAUGUGGAGUACAACCGCUUCUAUAUCCCUGACAUCACCACCCUGGUAGACAUCCAGGAAGACUACCUCAAGUGGUUUCUUAGUAAAGCAGAGAUUAAAAUGAGAACACCAGCAGUACAGAGCUCAGUGACUUUAUGUGCCUACCCGUUCAUACUGAACGCCCAAGCCAAGACCACCAUGCUGCAAACUGACGCUGAGCUACAGAUGCAGAUGGCGGUGAGCGGGGCCAACAUGCAUAACGUUUUCAUGCUGCUGACGCUGGAACCCCUCCUGGCGCGGAACCCCUUCCUGGUGCUCCACGUACGCAGGGACCACUUAGUGAGCGACGCGCUGAGAGAGCUCACCAUCUACUCUGACGUCGACCUCAAGAAGCCCCUCAAGGUGAUCUUUGAUGGGGAGGAGGCGGUGGAUGCAGGGGGGGUAACCAAGGAGUUCUUCCUACUGCUGUUGAAGGAGCUGAUGGACCCUGUGUACGGCAUGUUCACCCAGUACACCCAGUCCAACCUGCUCUGGUUCUCUGAUAAAUGUUUUGUGGAGUACAACUGGUUCAAUCUGAUAGGGAUCAUUUGUGGGCUGGCCAUCUAUAACAGCACCGUGGUGGACCUCCACUUCCCCCUGGUCCUUUACAAGAAGCUACUGGGCGUAGCACCCACUCUGGAGGACCUCAAGGAGCUGUCGCCCACAGAGGGCAGGAGUUUACAACAGCUCCUGGACCAUGAGGAAGAUGAUGUUGAGGAGACAUUUUGUCUAAACUUUGCUAUCACCAGAGAGUACUAUGGUCUGACGGAAGUUAAGGAGCUUAUCCCUGGAGGAGACCGCAUCACUGUGGACAAGAACAACAGGGAGGAGUUUGUGGAGGCCUACCUGAAGUACAUGUUCAGGGACUCAGUGAGCGAGCUGUACCAGGCCUUCUCCUCUGGGUUUCUGAAGGUGUGUGGUGGGAAGAUCCUGUCGCUGUUCCAGCCCUCCGAGCUUAUGGCCAUGGUGGUGGGAAACAACAACUAUAACUGGGAGGAAAUGGAGAAGAAUGCGGUUUACAAAGGAGAGUAUUCAGCCACUCAUCCGACUGUGAGGAUGUUUUGGGAGGUAUUCCAUGAGUUCCCUCUGGAAAAGAAGAAGCGGUUCUUAUUAUUCCUGACGGGCAGCGACCGCAUCCCCAUCCAUGGCAUGGAGAGCCUUCGCAUCUCCAUCCAGUCCACGUCGGCCGAGGAGCACUAUCUGCCCGUGGCCCACACCUGCUACAACCUGCUGGACAUGCCCCGCUACCAGACCAAAGAGACCCUACACCGCCGUCUCACCCAGGCCGUGGAGCAGUACGAGGGCUUCAGCCUGGUGUGAGACCGUGGCUGGGUCAGUGGCUCCCCCUAGAGGCCUGGAGGACCAGGGGGGGAAUUAGCAUGGCUGCUAAUGCUAAUGUACUUUAAUAACAACGCCCUGUGAAUGGGGGUGGCUGGAUGGACGGAUGGGUGGUGGGAAGGGGCCUCUUUUCCAUAGCACUUUCCCUAUACAGUUUACCGUAAGAGAUGAUAUAUUUUGAGUUAUAAUUGUCUUCUAUGCAGAUUGAUGUACAUAACUUGAACAGUUUUAAUUAAACCAGCUUUUUUUGUUGCUUUAAGAUAAUUUAUUGAAUUGAAUAGUUUUUGGGGAUUUGAAAAAUUAUACAUGUCAGAGGUGAACAUUGAAGCCCUUUACCUGCGAUCUGGUCUUUUACCGCUGUUCUUGGGUCAGUUUGAGGACGGAUGAUACCAGAUUAAUACAUCAGUCUGGCCUUUUACCGUUGAUCUUGGGACAGAUGAUACCAGAUUAAUACAUGAGUGAACAGCAGGCAGACAGUUCCAUACUCAAGCCCAAUAAAUACAUGGCAUUCUAAUGCCAUACCCACAAUACCAGUCUAUUUCUACAUUUAAAAAGACUAACUGAACGACUGGAGUUACUUACAUGUAUCAAUAUUUCUUUGAUUGCGAUGCCGUUGGAGUGAUUUUAUUACAGUAGUAUUGGUGAAGUGUCUGUUCUUUUUUAAUGGAUGUUAAUGUCUGUGUGCAUGUUGUCGAGAGGAAACGCUAAAAAGACUCAUUGUUACAUUAUAAACACAAAUACAGCUAAUCCACAUCUCUUUGAUCCCGGUAACCCCAGAUUAGGAAUAGAUAAUCUCAAUGUCAGAAUGAGUGCACAUUUGUGGCCUGGCGGAUUUACAGAUGAUCUGUUCAUGGUUCCCACCGGUUCCUUCUGUGAUGACACCGCAUUCGGACCAAAGACAUUAGGAUUGGUUGAUUUGACCUGCAGAAUUAGUCUUGGGUCAUUGAUUAGGUUUAAGGAACAGAUUAUAUUGGGUCAUGUUAUUAGCAAUAACGAACAGCUCAGUAAUGUAAUGACGUUUGUAUGAGGGUCAGGGGACGCUGCACUCUGAACAUCUCUGCAUCGUUUCCCGGCCGUUACUUCAAUGACUAUUCUCUCAAGUGUAUCUGGAUCGUGUGUUGAUAUGCAAGUGAUAGAAAUAACUUUGUCUGUGCAUUCUGCCUAUUCAGUCCUAUUACCGAACGUCUCAGCCAAUGGAGGUAUUGUAUUGUAUACCAUUUCUCUUAAACUAUGUCUUUCUCCACUGUAACUGGGGUUAAGACAAACGUUAUCUAUAGGGACGGCUGGUCUCCUUGUUUGUCUUUUGUUUUAAUACAUCAAUAGCCACAAAUUUGCCCAAGGGGAAUAAUUACUAUUUUGAUUGUCACCCUCAGUGUAGACAAAGACAUAAUAAACAAAAACAAAUGUCAGUGAACUUUUGUUUAUUCAAAGCUGUGCUAGGGCAAUACCUGAGGGAGGCUCAGUGUGUUCUAUUAUAGCCUGGUCCUUAAUCCAUUUGUGCUGUUUUGCUGACUAACACUGUUGGCAAGACAACAAACCGAUCAGCGACCGACCAGGCUAGGGGAAAAGCCUAUUCAUUCCUAUUAUUCUUAUUUCACCACGGUAAUGGCGACAAUUCCAAAUCAUGGGGUCAAUGUUUGCAAAUAAGGGCUUAUUAGUGGAUCUAUAACUGGAUUGUUUCAAGUAUAUCAUAUUUAAUUUUGUACCUUCUAAAUGGAUGAAAUUUUUUCCCUGAACAAAUAAAACGUAAUUCCAGCUUGCCCUGUAGUUGUGUUUUAAAUCAAGAAGCUAUUUUAUAGGUUGGUCUGGGAAUAAGGAUUUGCUUGUGGAUAAAUGAGCGGUGCAUAUAGGGGGACUUUGUGUAAAGAAAUGCAUUUUGUUGUAGAGUUCAACCAAUAUGAAUGAAAUUGCCAUGUUCUUUACAUGAAUGACAUUGUGUUCUUGAAGUAUUUCCCUGUGAAAUGUGUUGACAUUCACCACACCAAUGAAAACCCAACGCCAACAAACUCAGUAAAAAUGUUUGGUUUUAUAUUAUAUAUAUACAAUUUAUGUACUAAAAUGUACACACCCAUAAUUCAUUAUGUCCACCAGUGUUUUACAUUCAAUAAAAACGAAAGUCACACUAUUAAAAUGAUCCAUUUUGGAGAAAAAGGAAAAAUGUACUUGCUCACUUAGCAAUGUAAACAUAGAUCUGGAUCCAUAUUUACAAGGAACAAAUAGGCUAUGAAAAUACCUACAUAAAAAAAGAAAGCAGCAUGCCUUGAUUGAGUAUUGAAGGCUCUGCGUUGGGGAUUGGCAGCUAUUUUGAUAGUUAUUGGGACUUUUCUUUAAGGAUGGAUGUUCCACACAAAAUGGCCCUUGUCGGUC